CUGCCUGAAGGAGCUUGGCCUCCCAGGGUGACUCAUCUUGUGUUUCACUGGACCUGUAAAUGAACUUGGGCACGAAACACGAGAUGCAACAAGCCCAGUUGCUGUUGGAGUUGAAAGCCCAGGCUCUCUGCGCUGUGUUAGUGCUGAGUUUAAGCUCUUUUCUGCUGGGGAAGUAAAAGGCUCCAGUGGACAAUCCAGGCACGUGACUGCUGGGCAUGGUCAUGGAAAAUUGGCUCGGUUGUCAUGUUUAUUUGCUCUGAUAUGACUUUUCAUAACACUGUCAUGCAGCUUUUUCCAAGCCCACUGGAAUGUGUUAUUCUUUAUUUCUUCCCUUCUGCUGUUCUUUUGAAGAAGCACUGUCAGGCAAUCUGUGUGUAGCAUUGAUUUUUAUUAUUGUUGUGGGUAAUGAGGUACAACCUUCUCUAACUGACUAGCACUCUUUUUUUCCCCCUUUUAUAGCACAUUAGCACAGAACCCCUCUGUUUCUUGUAGCUGUAGCUCAAGAUUAUGAUUUAUAGCAGGAGAAACUAAAAUAGCAGUUGUUAGCUCUUCCAGUCUGAUAAAAUCAAAUUUGCCUGACUUUAGUCUCAAUUCCUGCCUUGUUUUUUCUCCGGGGAGGGAAGUCAUCACUCUCUUGCCUUCUGCAGGGCUGGGUUGCUGAACUUAUCCAGUGUUUUGUCAUCUGAGAAGGUAUUGAAUAGCUUUGGUUUGUUCCUAUACAGAAUAUGCUGGUGUUUGUCUCUCUCUCUGUCCUGGAGCAGCUCAAGUGCACGUUACAGUAGGGAACAGCCCUAUGUUGGGAUAUAAAGGUCACAAGUCUUUCCUUUCACCUCUCCAGCCGGGAGUCAGGCUGACAUGCACAGGAGGUGGCAAGAAGUCUUUGCAGCAAAAGGAGCUUUUGGGGUGUUUUUCUUGAGGGAGACCUAUAGACCAGUCAGUCCUUUCUGCGUGGGGUCUGUAGCCUUCUUUGUCCAGCUCUGGCACAGCUGAUUCCCUCCUCUGAAGAAGAAUUAGUGCUAUUCCUGCAUCCCACAGUCUCUCCUCAUUGCUCCGUGUGGGAGACCUCCAGCACCAGCAGCUCUGUGACAAUACACUGGUUUGCUCACCUCCCAUUAAAUGUUUCCAGCGUGACUAUCAGGUGAAGGGGGAGAAGGGUGUCUGAAUACCCACGAAUGAGCUGUGAUGGAUAACAAAGAUUCAGAAGCUGAGAUCCACCCUCUGAAGACUGAGGAUGCAAAAGCUCAGGAGAACCAUGAGAACUCUGUGGAGAGGAGGAUCAUCAGCAAGCAGGCGGCGGGGCUGUCCCGGCUGUCCCGCUGGCGCACGGCCGCCUUCUUCGUCUCCCUGUUCCUCUGCCUGGUCAUUGUCUUUGCUUUCUCCUUUAUCAUCCCUUGCCCAGAGAGACCAUUGUCAGCAACAACGUGGUUCCAAAACUACAACAACGCAGUGGCCUACCAGUUCCUUGCUUUGGAAGAUGUGAACGAAGACAAAGUGCAUGAUGUCCUCUUUGUUUUCAAAGCCAACAACGGCAGCAGCAGCUUCAACAGCUCCUGCCUGGAUGAAGGGCUGCCUUCUCCCUGUGCCUUUGUUGCUGCUGUGUCUGGCACGAACGGCAGGGUUCUCUGGGAGAGUCCUGUAGCCGAGGAUGUGGAGUGGAUGGAGUGUGGCAUCCGGCAGCUCGGCAGGGCGGGGGCCCCGGGGUGCCUGGUGGUGGGGAAGCCGGUGGCCCUGACGGCCCUUGACCUGCGGACAGGGGAGGUUCAGUGGAGACAGUCCAGUGACUUUGGAGCUAAUUACACUCUGCUGACUCCUGUGGCAGUGAUUCCAGAUGUGGAUAAUGACGGAGUACAGGACCUGGUAAUCUUUAUUGCUACAGGAAAGAAGAUUAAGAGCUUCAUCCAUUCAGGAAAGAAUGGCAAGCAGAUUGGCUCCACUGGCAGCCUGGCCAUGGAUGGGAGCGCUCGCUACAUCAGGCUGAACCUGGGCUCCUCCCCCUACUUCCUUUUCUAUACAGAAAACUCUCUCUAUGCAUAUUCCCUGAAAGAUCUGUACAGUGCAGCAACUGGGAUGGAAACUAAGCUUCCCAGCCUCCAGCAAGAUCCUCAGUGGGAGAAGAGCAUUGACAGCCCCACACACCGUGUAUCCCAUCUCAGCUCUGGAGACUUUCGCUACCUGGCAAAAAUUCCUGGGCAGUCACGGGAGAACAUCUUGGUUGUAGACUCAGAGAUGGCCACACUGAUCAAUGGAAAGAAUCUCCAGACUUUGUGGACCCUCAAUGUGUCCCAUGCUUUGAGUGAGCCAUUGCUCGGUUACUACAAACCUGAUGUUCUUGGUAUUGUCCUGGAGAGUGAAAUUGGACCCAACAAGAAGAAGGUGAUGAUUGUUGAGAGUGCAUCUGGAGCAGUCCAGUGGGACCUGAAUCUGAACUCGGGAGCAGAGAGUCCCGGGCCAGCCACACUUUCCACUGCGGAUCACCGGUCCACCUUCCUCAUCUGGGGGGACUACGAGGAGCCAGGCAACGAGACAAGAUCCACAGCUCCCCUCCAGAAGCUGUACCUUUUCCAUCCUUCCUACAAUAACGUCCUCUUGGAGCUCCGCAAUAACACAGACCAAAUAAUUGCAUUCAGUGCCGCGCUGUUCGAGCGGAGCCGUCACGCCUGCUACGUGCUGCUGAGGGGCCCCCGGCCCAGCCAGGAGCCAGGGCCCGUGUCACUGAUGAAGAGGAAGCUGAAGGAGGAUGUGUCAGAGAGCAAAGUGAUCUGGCUGAACCAGGUGGCUGUGGACAGUGAGGAAUACAUCCGGAACCGCCUCUACAGGAUGCGAUUCCACAGCCGGGAGUGAGCCUGCCCAGGGAGGGGGAGAGGCUGCCUGGGGCCAGGCAUCUCCAGGCUGCCUCUGCUCUGCAGCCGUGCUCUCAACAAGCCCAGAUCAUGGAUUCAGAUGGGAAGCUGCCUUUCUCGACCUGCAAACCAAAGCGUGGCUGGCAGGGAAGCGCCCCCAGUGUCUGGGGACACCCAGGCUGUGGGGGCAGCUGCCAGUGCAUCCAUCCUCAGUGCUGAUGGGACUUCAGUGCUUGGCCACCACUGAGGUGUCGUCAGCUGGGGGAAGAGGGCUCUCCCCUCCAUCCCUCUGUGCCCGCAGAACUGUGCUGACUCAGGAGUGUGUCUGGAGGAAAACAUGUGCUUGCUGGGGAUACUGGAGUGGAUGAUUUCUGGGGUGUUUGGAGCUCGAUGUGUGGUGUUAGAUUUCCUUUCUGAGUCAGCUCUCCUGGCUGGGGGAGAGGUGCUUGGCUGCAGGUUGGUUUGCAAUCACCCUCCCCUGGAUUUGGGCCCUGCUUCAGUAGUGGUGGGUGUGUGUAGUGCCAGACCCCAGCCGUGCCUGUCCGUGGGGCUGGGGGUCACCUGGGCCAGCAGAGCACAGGUUAAAGUGUUGUUCUACUUAGAAAAUGGCCUUUUCUAUUAAGAACAGCCCCACAUGCCCUACUCUGCAGUCACCAGCCUGCCUGUGUCUGUCUCCUCUGCUGCCUCCUUCCCAAGCAGGCUGUGCAGUGUUGGUGACACUGAAAGGGAGCUGGUCCUCCCUGCCCUCAGUCUGAUUAUAGGUGAUGAGCCCAAGGUGGCUGGUCCCUGGUGGUACCAACACCACCUCUCCUGAUUUAAAGGAGCCAGAGGAUCUAGGACAUUUUUUUUUUCAGAGUAGAAUUGCACUUUAACCUUUGCUGGGAGCUGGGAUUGCUGCUCUGGGAAGCCCUGUACCCGAGUGGCAGUGCCAGCUCCCUGCUCAUUCAGCCUUGCAGCUGCUGAGGAGCCUUCUCCAAGCACUGUCCCCUCUGCCAGGAGGUGGGCAGGAGCUCCAUGCUGCUUCCCUGCCCUUGGAAUUGAAGUGAUGCUGGGUGGGGAUCCUCGGGUGCCUCUCUGCCCAGCCCAGUAUCCUGAGGGAUGGGACAGGUUGCUGUGAGAUGACGUGUUCCUCCUGGAGAUCUGUGUAGCAUCAGGGGCUGUUUGCUCUGCCCUGUCCUGGUGGGUGCCAGUGCAGGCUGUAGAAACAAGGUGCAAAGCCUGGAAAAGGGAUUGAACUGCCUGCUCAGUCCUGAAGAUAAAAAUUAACCCUAAAAAUAACCUCUCACAGGCUCUGCCCCCUCUGCCUGGAGGGGGUUUGGCCAGUGCCUCCCUCCCCUGCCGAGUCUCACACUGGGGGAUGUGUAGAAACACUGUAGGAUGGGAAACAAUGCCAGGCUGUGCAGGGUCGGGCACUGGCUCUUCCCUUCUGCUGAGUCUGAGUGUGCCACAGGGCAGCUGCUGUCACCAGGCUCAUGGCACAGCUUCAGCCUUCCCAGUCUGAAAGCACGAUGACCUGGGCUGCUGGACACACACCUCCUGCUUCCAGCUGGCCUGGUGGCUGCCUAAAGGGUGCCCUGGCUCCCUCUGCCCAGUGACCAGUAUCCCAGGCAGUCAAGGGAGCCAGUCCUGGGGCAUCCAGGCUGUGCCAGGAAGCCAAGGAUGCUCCCUGGCAAGCACACCACAACCUUCAAAGCACCCUGGGCUCAAAAUGGUGAGUUUCCCUCUCUUCCUCUCUUCACAGGCUGUUUUCUGAGGGAGUCUGGGGUCGCAGGGAGGUUUCCCUGCUGUGUCCCCCACCCUGGGUUGCCUCUUUGCUCAGCACCUGAGGCCUGGCAGCCCCACAGGUCCCCAUGCCAGCAUUGCAGCCAUAAGAGGCUCCAAGGGCCAGAUUCAGGCUGCCCUUCAGCCACCUGGGGCAGAGCAGGAGUGUGGCUGCAGGUGCUGGGCAGGGAAACCCCAGGCUUGCAUAUUAGUCCAGCCCGAGUGUUGGAUUUGGAUUGUAUCCCAUUGAGAUUCCCCUGGCAGGGAUUGAGGUGCCUGGGCUGUAUUCUCAUCACGCUCUCCCUCCUCUGAUCCCUUUCCCAUAGGCACACUGAAUGUUCCUUCAGGGGAGCUGGAUUUUCAGCUUUGGGGAGCUUUUCUGGCUUUAAGUCGUCCAUUAAUGUUUCCAGGUACUUUGGAAACGCAGAUUUCCCUGUGGCAGCUCAACUAAACGCAUCAGUGCCAAACCAGCACCUUCUUAACAAAACCAGUCCUCUCUCCAGCUUAUUUUCCUGUGUAAUUGUUUUUUUGCGGUAUUUUCUGAAUGACUUCGUGCCUUGAUUCAAUGACCCAGCUGGGUGGCGAUGGUGUAUUAUCACUGUGUUCUGUGUUAGCGUGGUUUUUAACACUGAGACUGUUUGGUUUGGUUCUUUAACUUAUUGCAAAUUGUGCCGUACGGGACUUGCUCUAACCGGAAUGGUUUCAAUAAACGCUCUUUUGCAUUGUUUGUAAA